UCCAGACCAGUUAUAGCUUCUCAAAGAACAUCGCUGCCAUUAUGGAUGGUUGCCCUUAUGGUGUUUGGAGUGCUAGCAGUCUUGGGAGUUACGAUUGGUCUCCUUGUUCAUUUUCUAGCAGUUGAAAAUAACACCUACUACUAUGAAGGGAAUUUUAAAGUAACAGAUAUUCCAUACAAUAGCAAUUAUGAAAAAGAGACUUCAGAAGAAACUACAGCUCUGAGCAAAAUGAUUGAGACUCAGAUGAUUGAUGCAUUUCAAGCUUCUAGCAUACACAAUCAAUAUGUCACCUCUCAAGUCAUCAAGCUAUUCCCAAGCUCUGAUGGUGUGACAGUGAAUAUUUGGCUCAUGUUUAAGUCUACCCUGGGAAAGAAAGCUGACCUGAGAAGAAACAUUGAAAGCAUCUUAUAUAACAUGCUGAAGAAUAACUAUGCAUCCUUAACUUCAGAUCCAUCUUCCCUUAAGCUUACAGAAAUCAGUAAAGUCAAUGCUGAAAAGACAAUCAACAACCGUUGUGGAAGGAGGGCAAAAUUGUCCUCUGCAUAUGACAGAAUUAAAGGAGGAUCUGCUGCUCAGGAAGGGGAAUGGCCAUGGCAAGCUAGUCUGAAGGUCAAGGGCCAACAUUAUUGUGGGGCAUCUCUGAUUAGCAACAGAUGGCUGGUGACUGCAGCUCAUUGCUUUAAAGUGUACAAAAAUAUAUCAGACUGGACAGUCAGCUUUGGGACUGUGGUAAAGCCUCCUUACAUGAAGAACAAAAUAAAAGAUUUUAUUGUUCAUGAAAACUACACCCCAUUGGCCCACCAUGAUGACAUAGCUGUUGUGCUCCUUGCUGAACCAGUCCGUUUUACAAACAAUGUGCACAGUGUCUGUCUUCCAGAAGCUACCCAGAACAUUCCACCAGGGUCUGAUGUUGUUGUGACAGGAUGGGGAGCACUUAUGAAGGAUGGUAAAUUUCCAGAAUUACUUCAAAAAGCACCAGUGAAAAUUAUUGACACAGAGAUUUGCAAUAGUGCCGAGUCCUAUUAUGGUCUUGUACUUGAUACAAUGUUAUGUGCAGGUUACAUGGAAGGACACAUUGAUGCCUGUCAGGGUGACUCUGGGGGACCACUAGUUCACCCGAAUUCCCGAAAGAUCUGGUUCCUUGUUGGAAUAGUGAGCUGGGGAGAUGACUGUGGCAGAAAGAAUAAGCCAGGUGUCUACACUCGGGUGACUUCAUAUCGUGCAUGGAUUGCUUCCAAGACUGGUAUUUGA